ACCUCAGAGCCCGGGUCGGCGCGCUGCGCGUCAGCGUGUCGUCCUGCUCUGAUGAGUCGGUGGGACAGCGGUGUGACCGAGGCUGGUGGACGCAGCAGCCCCCCAGGCCGGCCGCCUGCCGUCGGGGUCAUUCCGCCCUCUCGGUUUCCCGGGCGCCCAUGCCCCCCAGCCGCCCUCCCCAGAUUUUCAGCUACUGAUGUUACAACCAGUAAAAUAUUGGAGCAUAGAGUUGAGGAAAAGACUUAAACCAGGUUUUUCUUCAGUUAGUUAAAAAUAUGGAUCUGGAGAAAAGGGAGCCACAGGCCAUCAAAGUGACACCUCUUCAGCAAAUGCUUGCCUCCUGCACUGGAGCUAUACUGACAUCAUUAAUGGUGACGCCCCUGGAUGUUGUUAAAAUUCGACUUCAAGCCCAAAACAACCCAUUCCCCAAAGGAAAAUGUUUUGUAUAUAGUAAUGGACUCAUGGAUCAUGUGUGUGUCUGUGAAGAGGGAGGCAGCAAAGCAUGGUAUAAGAAGCCAGGAAACUUCCGUGGUACAUUGGAUGCCUUUUUAAAAAUCGUUCGACAUGAGGGCAUUAAAUCCCUGUGGAGUGGUCUUCCCCCUACCCUAGUAAUGGCAGUUCCUGCUACAGUUAUUUAUUUUACCUGCUAUGAUCAAUUAUCUGCUCUUUUGAAAUCUAAACUAGGAGAAAAUGAAACCUCCAUACCAAUUUUUGCUGGAAUUGUGGCCCGAUUUGGUGCAGUAACCGUGAUAAGUCCAUUAGAAUUGAUUAGAACCAAGAUGCAGUCUAAGAAGUUUUCUUACAAGGAACUGCAUCGAUUUGUCAGCAAGAAAGUAUCUGAGGAUGGCUGGAUUUCCCUUUGGAAGGGCUGGGCUCCUACUGUUCUUAGAGACGUUCCUUUCUCAGCAAUGUACUGGUAUAACUACGAAAUUUUAAAGAAAUGGUUGUGUGAGAAAUCUGGCUUAUAUGAACCAACAUUUAUGAUCAACUUUACUUCAGGGGCAUUGUCUGGCUCUUUUGCAGCUAUUGCAACCUUACCAUUUGAUGUGGUAAAAACACAAAAGCAGACACAGCUUUGGACAUAUGAAACUCAUAAAAUAUUAUUUCUUUAUUUAGUUUCUGUGCCUUUACAAAUGUCAACCUGGGUUAUAAUGAAGAACAUUGUUGCUAAAAAUGGAAUUUCUGGAUUAUUUACAGGCCUGAUACCUCGCUUAAUUAAAAUUGCUCCUGCUUGUGCUGUUAUGAUCAGUACAUAUGAAUUUGGAAAGGCUUUUUUCCAGAAACAAAACAUUGGAGGGCAGCAGUACUAGUAAUGCUGUUUCAUGUUGAUAACAACCAUAGCCAAAUAAGAUGGAUGCUCGUAGGCAAGAACUUUUUUCACAAUUAUUUCUUUAGAAUGAUUUUGUCUUCCUCUCCUACAAUUUAAAAAAAAUAGUAAUUUUUAAAUCUCCCUAUAAAUUAUAAUUCUAAUUUAAAAAUCAAUUUUAUUCUUUUUUUGGAGAUACUUGAUAUUCCAGAAAUCACAAACUGAGUAUGCUUCUAAAGAAAAAGAAAAUUACUCCUCACGUUGAAAACAAUCUGAGAGUAUAAUAUUAUAUGUUUUAGAAUAAUUUAAUUGUACUGGGAAUGGGUCAGAUACAUCAGCUUUUUUGGAUUAUGUGUGAAUGAUGGAUAUAGCAUAUUUCAAUCAAGUAGAUUAUAGAAGGCAGUCAUUGAAUAGCAUCAAUCAUGCUUACCAAAUAUUACCUGUCAUUUUCUUUAAAUCAAAAGCCUGUUUUUUUUUUUUACUCUCAUUCAUGUUACUGUUUUAAGGCUUUAUAUGUAUUAGUAUUUCUCUGAUUACAAAUGUGGUUAUUUUAUGUUAAUAAAACAAAAUAUAAUCAUUUAUGUGAUAUGGAUCCUACCACUUUUGAUGACUAAAGAGUUGUAUCUACUGUUUUGCAGAAGAAAGGAUUUUUUUUUUUUACUAAAGUUCACUUCAGUCAAACUUGAGUAUGCAGUGGAAAACACUAUAUUUAGGUAGUAAAAAUAAAUUGUUCGGGUACUUGAAGGACCUCUUGUUUUUAAUCCGAAUAUCAUUGUUUAUGACAUUCCCUAGGUCAUUUCUAUUGACUUGUUCUAACAAGAUGGAUGUCAUUAUAGGUUUAGCAUACCUAAUCCAAAAUUUCAAAAUCUAAAACUUUUUUUUUUUUUAAUUUUUGACAGGCAGAGUGGACAGUGACAGAGAGACAGAGAGAAAGGUCUUCCUUUUGCCGUUGGUUCACCCUCCAAUGGCCGCCGCGGUAGCGCACUGCGGCCAGCGCACCGCGCUGAUCCGAUGGCAGGAGCCAGGUGUUUAUCCUGGUCUCCCAUGGGGUGCAGGGCCCAAGGGCUUGGGCCAUCCUCCACUGCACUCCCUGGCCACAGCAGAGAGCUGGCCUGGAAGAGGGGCAACCGGGACAGGAUCAGUGCCCUGACCGGGACUAGAACCCGGUGUGCCGGCGCCGCUAGGCAGAGGAUUAGCGUAGUGAGCCGCGGCGCCGGCCUCAAAAUCUAAAACUUUUUGAGUGUAGAUAUGAUCCCAACAGUGCAAGAUUUUAUACCUGACCUCAUGGUUAAACACAAGCACACUGAAAAUAUCACAUAAAAUUACCUUUAGGCUAUGUGUAUAAGAUACAUGUGAAUCCUAAAUGAAUUUCAUAUUUAGACUUGGGUCCUCUCCCCAAGAUAGUUCAUUUUAUAUAUAUAAAUAUUCCAAAAUCCAGAGAUUGAAAAAUCUGAAACAUUUCUGGUCCCAAGCCUUUCAGAUAAGGAAACUCAUACAUACCAGUCAAAAAUAUUUUCAAAAUGUCCUGGAUUUUAUGCCAUUUCGCACUGGUAUGUUAAACCAUAAGACUAACCAAAAAGCUGUUUUCUUCAAGCAAAUCGCUUUCAGUCAUAGACAUGACUAAGUAAUUAGCUUUAUGUGUAGAAAUAAAACAAAACAGAUACUACUGCAGGACAAGAAAUUUUUUUUAAUAUUUCUGCUUGAUACUCUCAGCUCUGUAUUCUGAAAGAAAGAGCACUUUAUUCCAUUUUCUGUGUAUUUUAAACAAAUGUGAAGCAUUCCCCCUCCUAAAACACAGUAAUAUAUUUCAUUGGCAACUCUUCUCUAGUGUUACUAGGGGAAGUAAUGCAUUUUGUAUUAUAGUAGGAAAGUGUUUAUAUGUUCCAACAGAAGUAAACUAUGUUGUUAGAAUAGAACCUUUUCUGUAUAUGUUGUCCUGCAUUGAUUUAUCUUAAAAUUGCAGUGUACAAAUCCAUGUAAAUAUAACUACUCUUGAUCCUCUGUUUUUUCAUAAAAAUAUUUUACUUACCUAAAAUAUUCUGUUUCUAGGCAAAUAUU